UAUAACGAUACUACUUUGUACGACGAGUCCUUUGAUUUAAUUGACAAUCCAGUUCCGUCACAAAGAACGAAAGAGUGCGCAUCGAUAAAACAUGAGCAGCUGAACUUUGAUCACUCAGAAGCAGAUGAAAACUUGUCUCAGAAUCGUCGGGGAUAUAUGUCUACCUGGAUUGUCGCCCCAUUCUGGUGAUAUCGUGUAUUUCAUCGCUGUGCUGUGUUCUACCGUGGAAACCGUCGUGGAAACAGUAAUAAAUAGUAGGUGGUGAUAAGUGGUUCUCGUUUCGAAUGAAGUGGUUUUAGGAUGAUGGUGGAGCGUGUCGAGGAUCACCUCUUCAUGUAUCGACGCCCCGUCUACCGCGUCUUCCAAUACCUCGAAACUACCGACCAUGAGGGGAUGAGUACUGGAGCAGGAGAUGGAGGUGCAGGCAGUGUAGGUGUUCAAAACAGCGGCGGUGGCAGGAACACCCCGCCGCAUGGCUCGCCUACCCCCAUGGACAAGGCGACUUUAAAAGUCCAUCUUCCCAAUGGUGGCUUCAACGUCGUCAAAUUCGGUGAUGCGAUCGACGUUAGAGGUAUCAUCUCUUUGGUAACUAGUCGAUUAGCUGUUGGUACUAGACAUUAUCGAAAUCUGUACGCAAUGAGGCUGCACCAUCCCGGAUCCGGAGAGAGUUAUUGGUUGCAUCAGGAUACAACGAUGUAUCAGGUCCAAGAAAAGUAUGAACGAAAGCAUCCACAUUGCGAAUGGAGGUACGAGCUCCGAGUACGUUAUCUUCCUCAGAACUUGAAUGAUCUCUACGAGAAGGAUAAGGUCACGUUUUACUAUUAUUACGAUCAGGUACGAAACGAUUACCUGCUUGCUAACCACUCCACACUGGAUCAGGACGUCGCGGUUCAGCUUUGUUGCCUAGAGAUCCGUUAUUUUUUCAAGGAUAUGCCGCAAAUUGCUCUGGACAAGAAGAGCAAUCUGGAAUACUUAGAGCGUGAGGUCGGUUUACAUAAAUUCCUGCCGCGCUCCGUGCUGAAUGGGAUGAAACCGAAAGCGCUCCGAAAACUAAUACAGCAACACUUUAAAAAAGUCGCAGCGUUGUCCGAACUGGAGUGCAUGUUCAAAUUCUUUGAUCUGCUGCGGGCGCACUAUCGAUUUGAUCAGGAAAGAUUUAUAUGCGCAUUAGGGUCAAGCUGGUCAAUACCUGUAGAACUAGUCAUUGGACCGGACUUGGGUAUAUCUUACAUGGCUCAUCGAGGCGGAACAGUGCCAACUAGGAUGGCAGAAUUUUCACAAAUACAAUCCAUCCAAACGUUAGUGUCGGAUUGCAAAGAACACGCGAAGGCAUGCAUUAAAUUGAGAGUCGCAGGCGCCGCGGAGACUCUCAGUAUUACUUGUUCGAGUCUGGAUCAAGCGGAAAGCCUUGCGGAUUUGAUUGAUGGCUAUUGUAGAUUGGUCACAAGCAGUAAUACUUCAUUGUGGAAUAGAAAAGCUGGAUCAUGGAAGAAUUAUCCUUGUCCAUGCAAAGAUGCACAGCCACCAAAAUAUAGGCAGGAUGGUGCUAGCAGUCCAGCGGAGAAGAACUCGAGUAAAACUGGAACAAUCUUGUCCGAAGAUUAUGCAGAGAUUGUCGACGAAGAAGGAGAUUAUUCGACGCCAGCUACUCGAGAUUAUGAGAUAGUUCGAAAUCAAGUAGAAUUAGGCGAAAUCAUAGGGGAAGGACAAUUUGGUAAUGUUCAUAAGGGAUCAUACAAAGGAAGAGAUGAUCAAACUGUCGCUGUUGCCGUCAAGACUUGUAAGGUUGAUGCAGAUCUUGCCACUGCUGAGAAAUUCCUCGAAGAAGCUUAUAUUAUGCAGCAGUUUGAGCAUCCGCAUAUUAUCAGAUUGAUCGGAGUUUGUUCAGAAGCACCAAUUUGGCUUGUAAUGGAAUUAGCCAGACUCGGAGAAAUGCGUGCUUAUCUCCAGUCUAAUAAACAUCGUCUGGACCUUGCCACACUUCUACUGUAUACUUUCCAAUUGAGCACUGCCCUUUCGUAUCUCGAAAGCAAGAAAUUUGUGCACAGAGAUAUUGCUGCAAGAAACGUGCUAGUUUCAUCGCAUAGUUGCGUUAAAUUGGCGGAUUUUGGCCUUAGUAGAUGGGUAGAAGAUCAGAGUUAUUAUACCGCGAGCAAAUGUAAGCUACCAAUUAAAUGGAUGGCGCCGGAAAGUAUAAAUUUCCGAAGAUUUACCACUUCAUCCGAUGUUUGGAUGUUCGGUGUAUGUAUAUGGGAAAUUUUGAUGCUAGGCGUAAAACCAUUUCAAGGCGUGAAAAAUAACGAAGUAAUACGCAAGUUGGAGAACGGAGAGAGACUCGCACUUCCCAAUCAUUGCCCGCCACGAUUAUACUCUUUAAUGUCUCAGUGUUGGAGCUACGAACCUAGUAAAAGACCAACAUUUAAAGAAAUUAGAGAAACUUUACAUGAAAUUUUGCUAGAAGAGAAACAUCAGCAGCAAGAAACUAUGAGACGAGAAAACAGAAGAGUUCAAGCCAUGUCUUGGGGUGCAGACGAUGUGCCGCCACCGAAACCGUCCCGGCAACCACAAAAUACGACGGAGCAGUCGCAAUUAGCGGCACCAUCCACGUACAUCGUGGCGCAAAGUCCCGAGGUUCUCACGCAACUUCUCAAGGACAAUCAAGCCAGAGGGGUAUGUCCCUCCGUGUACACGACACCCGCAUCUCCCUUCAACACCCUGGCGGUCCAAUUUCAGGAUGAGGAUCAAGUUCUAACAACCGCCGUUGUGUCCGACUUACCCUUCUUUGACCCCGUGCUUUCCGAACCGCCAUCCAUCACAACUCAGUCGGGUGAUUCCAUCCUGUCUGACAUCAACUUAGACUCCCUUGAUUCCUCGGAUAACACUCUCCUCAUGUCGAGCCUGAGCAUUUCAGACACGGCAGUGCAGACGCAGUCGCCCGCCGCCAACCGAAAGCAGCAGAAGGUUAAAGAGAUGCAAAACUUGUAUGCGGUUAGCUCGAAGGUGGUUGGUAGCAUCACGGGGGACCUGUACUCCCCCGUGCAGAAAUUCUCCGUGUCCAGCACCGUUCCGUCGCCACCCGCGACCGCGUCGGUCGUGUCAGCCGCGGUCGCGGGCAACACCUGUGGCGAGAUAUAUGGACCGGUCACUAGUUUCACCCAGAGCUCAGCUAUCGUUGGUAAUCUCAGUCAAAGCGCUGGUUUAGGUGAUAAUUACAAUGAGGAUUUCGGGAAUUUCGAUCCUAGUAGUUUGGGCAGCAGUAUUAUAAUACCGAAUAGUAGCAGCCAGGCGCAGUUUGUUGCGAGUGGUUCGCAUGCUCUCAAUCAGUCAAUUAAUUACGGUAAUUUCACAACUAGUAAUAACAUGAGCCAAGUAUUUGGUGGCGGUCAAUCUACGAAUCAGAAUGUUAGCGGCGUGCAGAGUGUUGGCGAUAGUAUUAGUAGUGGCGGUGGUGGUAGUAGUGGCGUUGUUUACUCUCGUAAUAUUAGCUUGGCGAAUGUAGGUAGUUCCGCAUCAAAUUCGGAAUGUUUGUAUGGUCCGGUACUCAAGUUCCGCGCACAAAACGCCCAACCACAGUUGGCCGUAGCUGCAACCGUGACCGCGACUGAAUUGAAACCCGCCGGCGCGGUAGGAAAUUACGGUCAAGCCGGAAGAAGUAAUCUAGUAAUGCAGAAUCUACAGUCGCAGCCAAUGUUUUCACAGAAUUAUCCGCAUCAACAGAUCUAUUCGAAUAUCGCUCAAACGGGACAACAGUCCAUGUAUCUGCUACAAAUGCCUCACAUGCAGAAUAUCACGCGGCAGAAUGUCGUUUCUCAGGCGGUGUCUCACGCGAUGCAACACACGAACCAACAGUCACAGUUAAGUGGUGCCAGUCCUAUUUACACGGCCCAUGCCACGUCCGUGUCGGUGGUCCAAGCUCAGAAGGUGCACAUGCCAAAUUAUACUCACCAAGCUCAGUCGGGAAUUAGUUGUCAGCCAGUGACUUGUCAAGUAACCGGCACGAAUCAUUCGGCGAACAUUGGAAUAAUGCAAGCUUCUUCUGUUCCAUCGCACUCUGUUAUGUCAUCCUCGGCGACUCAGCAGAACAUCCAUUCAAUUCCAUCCGCGUACAUGGUAGAUCAACAGCAAUCAAGUUUCCUCGGUCCAGUUGAUUAUCAAGUGCACGCUAACAUCGGCAAUGUAAUGACAAGCCUGACCGGUACGCAUCAGCAACAAAUACCGCAAUCUCAGAUGGUUAGCGGCGUCGCGAAGGCGGCAAAUAUAUCGCAAGUCGUGACGGGCGUCGCCAAAAUCACCACCUUCGUGACACCACAAAAGCAGGAUGAGCAGUUGACAAGCUCGACCGACGGCACUCUCUCUGGCUCUUUGAUCUCUUCUGCUGUCAGCGACAGCACCGUGUCGUCUAGCAGCUCGAUGACAGAGGAGGCACAACAAGAUCAGAGAAACGUCCAUUCACAACUAUUCGAUAACCUAACUGACAAUUUUAAUAGUGGCAUUGAUGACGAACAAAAGCUACUGGAGCAACGGUUAUUGGAACAACAACGACAGUCUGAAGAGGAUAGUCGGUGGCUCGCAAGAGAAGAAAAACGAUUAUCGAUUGCUACGAGUGGUGAUGAAAGUGCUAGUCCCACGAUUCCACGAUCAGUUACUCAAUCACCGAGCCACGAACCGCAUUCUGCCUAUACUGGCUCUCUUGGCUCGGACAAGAAUUCCGAUAAAGUCAUUGUAGUAAAGAAAAUGGAACCUACACCUACAGCAGAUUUAGACAGAACUAACGAUAAAGUAUACGACUGCACAACAAGCGUUGUUCGUGCAGUUAUGUCAUUAUCGCAAGGUGUUCAACAGAGUAAGGCUGAUCAGUAUUUAGAAUUAGUACGUAGAGUAGGUAUCGAAUUAAGAGCAUUAUUAUCCUCUGUGGAUGUUUUGGUAGAAAUUUUGCCAAUGUCCGCGCAUCGUGAAGUAGAAAUGGCGCAUAAGGUAUUAAGUAAAGAUAUGGCAGAACUUGUGUCUGCCAUGAAACUGGCGCAAAGUUAUAGUGCCACUACAUUGGAUGCUGAAUAUCGGAAGGGAAUGCUUUCUGCAGCUCAUAUCUUAGCCAUGGAUGCAAAGAAUCUUUUAGACGUAAUCGAUUCCAUCCGUAUUCGUUAUCCAUAUGUAGAUAGUCAGAUUUGCCAAAGGCAGAGCAAUGUUGUUAACAGAACGCAAGAAUCCACACCCGAAAAUCGCAUUCGUUCGAGUCAGUCAGGCGAACAAUUUCUGAGGAGAAGUCAGUCGACCGAACGACAAGGAACGACCUUCAGACAAAGCCAAAGUGGUGAUUUAUUACACAGAAUGGGUCAAUCUGUAGAUCGAUCUUUGCCGGGAAGUCAAUCCGACUUCAAUUCCGGCAACAGCUUAGAAAGAAGACACAAUACAGUUACCAAUAGCCUUGAACGUAACUCAACAGCGAGAAGACAAAUGGCCACUAACAGUUUAGAAAGAAAAAGACCCUCAUUAGCAUGUAAUGUAGGGCCUAUAAAUUCUGUUAAUUGUUUGCCUAUGGUGCCAGUCACUUACAAUUUGGUUCAGACUGCGAGUCCCGUCAUACAUCCAACUCAAUCGAUUACAACGGGUGUUAAUCAACAGACAGUGUUUACGACCAACAGUAAAGUUACAAGUGAGACUUCGAUAAAUGACAGCUAACAACGAGAUGUCUUGAAUUAAGGACUUUGAAUCGUUGCUUGCAAUUAGUAUGUAUAUAAGUAGACGAUAUACUACCAAGUUACCCGUGUGUACACAUCUACACUUCAAUACUUUAACAACGGGAAAUCUAGGGUACGUUCCACUUAACGUUCGCAACACUCGUGCAUCACUUCAUCCUUGUUUAACAUUUGAUAAUAACAAAGAUGAAAUAAUGCUCGCGAGCGUUAUGAAUUCCAAGUGGAAUGCACGCCUAGUAUUUGUGCUUUUUAGCUCUUUUUAACAUUCAAAUAUUGACAUUUUAUCUAAGCGUACUUAUAGAUACGAUAGUAUUCGUUAAUUAUAAGCGUAGGAAGUUUAUCACUACAGAAUUUUAGUCACAGCUAUAAUGAAAUCAUAACUCCAAAGGAUUUAAGAUUAUCGUUACUAUUUGUUAUAUAUAAUGAUGGCAUAUACGAAAUGACGCAAAGUUACAUUGAUCCAUAAAGAUAAGAGUAUACGCCAUUAAUUUUAUUAACAUUAACAUUGACGUUAUUAAAUGAGAUAAAGGUCUCAGAUUUAAUGACGCUAUUCGUAUUUAUUCUGACAUUGCACAUGAU